UUUACUUUUGCGUCGUAAUUGAAAUUUUAGUUAAAAGCGUGUUAAAUCAAAGUAAAAGGCACUUUUUGCACUUUUUUUUUUCUUUCUUCUGUAUCUAACCCUAUAGUUAAAAAACCAGAAUACGUUAUAAGUCUUACACUUUUACUCCACUUUUUAAUUAAAUUAAAAAAAAAAACACCAUUGUUAUGGCAGACGUGAAAAAAAAAACUAUUCUUGACACUCUGAAGGAUUUAGAAAUCCAGUCAAUUUCUUCUUCACUACCUUUUAAUGACCCUGAGGACGACGAUGAUAUUUUUACGUCUGCAAAAGUUGCAAGUAAUGAUGAUCCUAACUUUGACGAUGACCUUCUGUCAUCCAAGAUAGGAAGUUUACGAAAUAAAGUUAGCAAUAUUGAAGAGCGUGACAUUAAGUAUUUUGGUAAAAAAAUAUCAAGAAAAGUUAUAGAAAAUGACGAUUCCUUUGAAGCAGAAAAUGGUUCUUCUGAAAGUGAUGAGAAUGAAGAAAGUUCAAAACAUGAUAACAGUUCUAUUCAGGAAAAUGGAAGUAGUAAUGGUGGUUCUGAUGGUGAUGAUUUUGAUGAAGAGGAUUAUAACAAUGAUGAUAAUGAUCAUGAUGAUAUUGACAGUGAUUUCAAUAUUAAGAUAGAUCCAUCAAAACUUCCAUCUGACCUAAAAAUAGACAAAUUUACAUGUAAUGCUGAUGAUGGUAUUGAAAAUUUUAACACUACUAAAGUUGAGGAAGAUGUGAGGAAAGGAACAGCCACAAAGCUUCAAAUGGAACUUUUGGACAAACUUCUUGAAUCAAGAAUUCGAUUGCAGAAAUCUUUACAUAUUGUUAAUCGACUUCCACUAAGUCAAAACAUGAAGAUCUUUGCAUCACAAAAUAAUCUUCAUGCAAAAGAUCAUUAUCAUACAGCAAAAAACUCCUUAAUAGAAUUACUUGAUCAACUUUUAAAGCUUCAAUCAAUGUUAUUUGAAAAAAAUACUGAGACAAGUACUUUGCUAACCUCUGAAACAAACAUUAAACAAAUUGAUUCUGAUGAGGAAAUUACAAGUGAUUCAGAACAUGAAGAAAGUGAAAAAAAAGAUUUUGAUGGAAAAUCACCAUUAAAUUUGCCAUCAAAGAGAAAGCACACUCUUUCAGUUAAAGAUUACGAAGAAGAAAUUAGUAAAAGACAUAAAGUAGCUCUGCCCUAUCAUGAAUCAGUUAUAAAUAAAUGGUAUGAGAGAACAAGAUUAGGAUCAGGGAAAAUAAAUACAAAGAAUUUCAGUGCAUUUGACAAAUCAACAUUACAGCAGAUUAAUCAAGUUUUGACUGAUAAAGAAAGGCUUGUUAAAAGAACACAACUUAAAAGAACACCCUACAGAAUCUUAGGAGAAAAUGAAACUGCAGAUUCUUCAGCACCGGUACCAGACUCCCAUUUAAAGGACUAUAAUGAGCAAAUAUUUGAUGAUAAUGAUUUCUAUCAUGAGAUGUUAAAAGAGUUGAUAGAAAGGAAAACUAAUAUUGGUUCUGAUGAUCCUACUACUCUUGGCAGGCAAUGGUUGGAAGUUCAAAAACUAAGAAAAAAGAUAAAAAGAAAAAUUGAUACAAGAGCUAGUAAAGGUCGUAAAGUGAGAUAUGAUGUCCACCCAAAGCUAGUAAAUUUCAUGGCUCCUCAAAAGGAUGGGAAAAUGUCAGAUCAAGCCAGAAACGAUCUUUUUUCGUCGCUGUUUGGUCAGACAAGUGGUCUUGUCACCCGAUAAUCAGGUGGUUACGCAAAGUGUUAAAAUUACGUGCCGUUUAUUUUUUUUGUAAAACACUUUUUUGAGAUAAAAAUAUGUUUGAUGACUGA